AUGCAAUGUGUGCAAUUGUCAUCGCAAAUUAUCGUAAAAAACGUGAUUAAUUUUCAAUAAUGCGUCAUCGGAAUAGAAACUUCCAAGAUACCCUACUGUUUUGACGAAAAGAGUACUGUAUUACGUCACUUGAACGAUGACGCCAUUUUGUUCAUUAGCAAAUGAACAGGGCUACAUACUUUCUUGCCAUCUGGGAACAUACAGGGCUGAAUCAUCUGGGAUGAAGAAUUUAAAGAACGUGUGUUCCAUGUUUUUGAAUCCCGAUCCCGAUCUGCAAAAUGUCAACUGUGUUUCUUCAUGUUGGCCAAUGUGGUAACCAAGUCGGUAUACCGUUUUGGAAAAGGGCUGCUAAGGACGAAAAUGUUAAAAAUGGGCGAACAUUUCUUCAUGAAGAUGGAACUCAGAGGUCGCUUCACAUUGAUAGUGAACCAAAGGUUAUCGCCAAGAUAAACAAGACAAAUACUGUUAGGAAGAAGAAUUUGGUGUUUGGCAGAAGAGGCAGGGGAACAAACUGGGCUUUAGGAUAUAAUGGGCUGUUGAAGAAGGGAGAGGACCACAUUGUAGAAGAUACCAUGGAAAUGUUGCGGAAAGAAAUCGAAAGGUGUGAUUCCUAUAGUGGGUGUGUCUUAAUGCACAGUUUGUCUGGUGGAACUGGAUCAGGUUUGGGAUCGAGAUUGUGUGAGAUGGUGCGAGAUGAGUACCCCAUGAGCCACCUAGUGUCUUGCUCCUUUGCCCCCUGUCAGAGUGGGGAGAGCCCCCUUCAGCAUUACAACUCCCUUCUUACCCUAGCAUAUCUCAACAGGUACACAGACUGCAACAUUCUCACACACAAUGACCUCAUUUUGGAGCGCUUACAGAAAAAAAUGGAGACUGUUUCAUUUAAUCAGAUGAAUGAAAACAUCGCUGCUGCCCUCUGUGGGGUCACAUUACCAACAGACACACUGACAACAAAAUGUGGAGCAAGUAUUGGAAUGGAACCAUGGGAGAUGGUUAGAUCAUUAUGCCCACAUCCUGGAAAUAAGAUAGUACAGAUUAACCAUAUAGCUCGCAGCAAAUUAAGUUGGGAAGCAAUGAUGAGUCAACUAUUGCUGAAUCUCCACAGAUACGACAAAGAUGGCAAACCUUACAGGAGUCUUUCUACUCUGAUUGUGGCCAGAGGCGAUAGUACCGACAGUUUUCACUCUGCCAUGAAAACCCUGGAAAAGAAAGUCAAAAAUGCGUACAGUUGUGUCCCUUGGAAUCCAUAUCCUAUAGACAUCUGGACAGCAAGAAACAACCUUUCUGGCUCUAAGUCUGCCUCCUUGUCCGUCGCUUCUAACCAUAGUUCUGUGGUAGACUACCUGGACUUCCUGCUGUCCAGAUCCCAGACAAUGUACAAGGCUGGGGCCUACCUACACUGGUACUGGAGAUAUGGUGCCACAGAGAUCUGGCUGAAAAUCUAUGGUAUUUUUCCUGCCAUUCUACUGAUAGCCCUGGCUCCGAUGUCUGUCCAUAUGCAAUCUGACCUAGUUUCUACCGGACUGACCGUCGUAGUGGCUUCUACUGCCUUAGUAUCAUUCGGAUAUGCUUCAAUAUGUGUUGCUGAAAUUUUUGUACUUUAUGAAAGGACUGCCCAAACAGGCUAUGAUGAGGGCAAAAAAGAAGGAUUUGAGGAUGGGCAAGCUGAAGGGUUCCGACUGGGUGAGGAAGAAUGCAAGAUACCAACAACCACCCCACCACAAUACUGUCAGGAGAUCAGUGAUGCUGUGACCACUAUUCUGAAGGAAGAAGAAGAUGAAAGAGCCGAUGAGAUUGAAAUUAUAAUUACCGGUUUAAGGAUGAACACUCGUAAUAAAUUAAAUACAUGUUUGCCAGACGCAGGGUGCACUACAGCAGGAUGCAGCAUGAAGACAAUUAGCUCUGGUACAUUCUGUGUUCCUGAUGAGUUAAAUUAAACAUACCAAGUGUAAUAGAGAUUUAUCAGUUUUAGUUUGUAAGAAGAUCUGUUUUUCAACUUCAAUGUCAGCAAUUAACACUUUUGUAAGUACCGGUAUUAGUUAUUGCCACUCAAUUGAAUAAUUGGACUACCAGUAUUAAUAUUCUUGUACUUCAAUCUUAUCACCUGGCCCAUGACUUAUUCUAAAGGCAAAGUCUUGUUAUACAUAUUGCUGUAAAAAAAAAAACAAACAAAGAAAAUUCGUCAUUAAUUUUACCAUUAUCUGAUUUGUUCUUCAUCCCCAAUUUUAUUCAGACAACCCAUCAAGUAUGUAAAAGAGCACCAGUUUGCAACAUAACGUAUAUCCGGUUCUUUUUUUAGCAUGUCACAAAAUUUGCAUAUAUGGGGGAAAUGUGUAUCAUUUUUCAUUUGCGCCAGUCAUAUUUUGCGAUUUAAAAAGCUUCUUAUAGGAAAUAAUACAGAAUAUAAUUUCUGUUUAUUCAAUAAUUUGCAAUUCAAAAGACAUCGCGGAAAAAGCGAAAAUUAGAUCAUCGCGAAAAUUACCGGAUAUAGGGUAUAGCAAACUUAUAACAGACCAGAUACUUCGAUGUGGAGUUUCUGAAGCAUGACUAGCAUUACCAGUAUGAAUCCCACAUCAAAAUUGUCUCAUUACUCCUGUGCAGUUGUUCUUUUUAUAUCAUGACCCUAGCUAAU